AUGCUGCUUAGGCUGUCUGGCACUACGAACCCUCGGGAAGCGGUCGAUGCGUCUAGAACAGCCCUAGAAACGAUUGUGCGUCACGCAUGGUCAUUUUCCACGAAUUUUGUCCAUGGGGAAGAGGUCAUGAUCAAGGUAAUUCUAGCCGCGCAUGAUGGAUAUGUAUCCAGGAGUGAUAUUGUCCAAAUUCGCAUGCAGCACUCGGAGCACGUCGACAGUGUCAUUCCACUUUCUAGCUGGGAUCGAUUUAUUUUUGCCACGGCCACCCAACCGGAGACUUCUUUGCUCGCGCUGCUGGCCUCUGCUACCGGGGCUCUCUUGAUUAAGCAGUCGCAGUCGUCCACGUCCAGAGUGCUGCAGCUGUUGGAGGAAGAAAUGGCCUUGCGGCUUUCCUUUGACUGGAUUUUGCCGACAAAACCUCGCUCCUAUCGUGUUGCACUCAUCGGUGGUCGUACCAUGCCAGACCCGCAGAGCGGACAACACGGUUCGUCAGGCUACUUCAAGGCCGCCCAGGCCCUCGGUAUAUCGAUGGUGGUAUACGAUGAACCAGGACAUUGGCUGGAAGGAGAGGAGUAUGCCCAUCUGCGCGCCGACUUUGUGCCAAUAGAGAUGCAUAACCUUCAAGAUCUUCCGCACAAGCUGGCUCAGUCUAUCGCGAGCAGAAAAGACAAGAUAGACGGCAUUGUUACCUUUUCCGAUGCGUUCGUAGUCGCCACUGCGCAGGCCGCCGACCUGCUGGGCCUUCCAACUGAGCCAGCGCAAGACAUGAUAAGGGCGCACCAUAAGCACCAGAUGCGCGAGGUUGUUAACGAAGACAGAAUUCAGACCCUCGCGUUGGACAGAGCAGACCUGCUCGACGACAGUGUGUUUUCCAAGACGCUCCAAGCGCUCCAAUACCCACUGGUUGUCAAACCAUGUCGGGGCAUGAAGUCUAAAGGCGUAAAGAAAGUCACCGACGAGGCCAGCUUGCGCGCGGCCGUGCGCAUGCUGGCUGAGGACGAUGACAACCUAGUCGAGCAAGGCAUCCUGAUAGAAACGUACGUCGAUGGGCCCGAGUUUGACGCCAAUUUUGUCCUAUUGGAGGGCCAAAUCCUCUUCCUCGAGGUGACGGACAACUUUCCCUGUCUUGCCGACGCCAACGGUGCCACGCUUGCUGACAACUUCGCUGAGACGGUGCAAAUCUCCAACACGGCGCUGCCUCCGGACCAUGUUGAUGCUAUACGCUCGUCCAUAUCGCGCAGCUUGGCCAAGUUGGGCUUUUCUUUCGGUAUUUUCCACUGCGAGGGGCGCAUGAUGAGGUCGUCCAUGCACUAUCGCGAGCUCGACGGCCAGGGCGGACUAGACCUAGUCGCCGAUGACGGGGCAUCCCAGCCUGGCGCAAAGCCAAAGCCUGAUGUUUUUCUCAUUGAAGUCAACGUUCGCCCACCCGGUACCGGCGGUACGUGGGCGACACUCUACACGUAUGGCGUAGAUCUAGGCGCCCUGCAAUUUCUCCGCGCUGUCGGCGAUCAGGGUCGCUUCCGAGCCCUGUCUGCCCCAUUUACGUUUUCGCGGUCGAGUCCUGGUGGCGGAGACGGUGCUCAGUGGUGGACGGCACACUGCAUGGUUCCUAUUCCCACACAUCGUGCUCAGGUUCGUAUUCCGGAGGAUUUUUUCAGCAAGCUUUUUGAAGCGCUGCCCGAAGUGAGAAAGUAUGUCACUAGGGCGGAGAUGUAUUCGGCCCCGGGAUCUGUGGUGUCAACCACAGCAGGGAUUGGUUGGAUCGCGUAUGUCUUGGUGGGGACGAGGAUGAGCAGAGCCCAUGCGCUGGCCAUGUAUCACCAAAUCGCUGAGACGAGCAAGAAGAUCCUAGAUGCGCAUAUCUAUGACUCUGGUUAUGAGUCGUGA